AUGGAGUAUCUAAACAAAUCUCUUCAUAAAAUGCAGAAGAAUUCAAACUUCAACCACUAUGCCAAGUGUGAGAGUCUGAAGAUUACAAAUUUGGCCUUUGCUGAUGAUUUCCUACUCUUUGCUAGGGGUGACUAUAUAUCUGUUGAAAUGAUGCAGGAUACUUUAAAUAGAUUCCUUGCUUCUACUGAGCUCAUAGUCAAUUCGACUAAGAGUAGAAUUUACUUUGGGGGUGUGGCUGAUAGUACUAAGAUGGGGAUCCUCAACUUAACAUCCUACAUGGAAGGUGCUCUUCCAUUUAGGUAUUUGGGGGUGCCUACGACAAGUAAGAAGUUGUCUGUUACUCAUUACUUACCGCUUGUGGAUAAAAUUGUUGGGAGAAUUACACAUUGGAGUGCCAAGUUAUUGAGUUAUGCAGGGAGAGUUCAACUCAUCAAGAGUGUGUUGUUUGCAAUAUCCAAUUAUUGGUUGUAA